CGAUUCGGUGAUUCUUUUGUCUAUCCGGGUACAAAUAAUGGUUAUUAUCAAUACACCAUGAACUUGGAAACGAAUGAGCCAAGCGUGAAAGUAUUCGGGGCCGACCGGCAGGAAGUUGAUUCGGAGUACAUCAAGCAUAUGGACGAAAUGGCGAAAGAAGAGGAAAAGCAGAAAGAAAAGUCAACGAAGGAUGAUUCGGAUGAUAUGUUGCUCGACAAAAGCGAGAAAUUUGUUGUGGUGAAAACUUGGCCGUACAGUAAACAAUUCAAUGUGGUGGAUUUUAUAGGCUUUGAGGAUUACGAAGCUAUGGACGGUUGGACCAUUGACGAGGAACCUGUUAAACAUUCUAAAGCUAUUGUUCGGAACGAGUUUUCGGGCACGGGAAAAAAUUAUAUACGAGUGGAAUCCAAAAAGGAGCUUAAACGAAUGUUGGCAAAUGUAACCUAUAAAGAUUUCUUUAUUGCAAGUGCAUGGAUACGAAUGGCGGAAAAGGUUGAAAUCAAUAGAGCUGUUGAUUGGUUCUGGAUAAAGAUGAAUGGUGAAUCCAUGCCAGGCUCAGUGAAACAAGUCACUGGUGAUUGGAUGUACGUUGAAGCUGAUACCAAAUCAAUAGCACCAUCACAGCUCAUAAAGGAGCAAAAUUCAGUUGAUGUUGAAGUUAUUAUCAAUCACCAAAAGGCAGAGCUUCACGUGGAUCAUGUAAGGAUUUCGCCGUUAAAUUUUAAUUUCGAAGCAAACGUGUACGACGUACGAUCGUCUCAGUUGACAGAACAUUUGCACGUUAAUGGGAAGGUUACGCGGUAUAUGAACGACAAGUACAGUCGUAGAAUAGCUGAGUUCAAUGAAGAAGGGCUGAUUAAAUAUUUCGCUACUUAUUCCAAGUUCAGCGGUAUGCGGAAUGCAUGCUCAUCCUGCUCACCUCAAAAUACUGCGGCACAGUUCGCGUUCAGCGCCAGGCUCCAGAUCCGGCCGGCAAAAGGUUUCGUGGAGUAUUUCUCCCCAUACACAAUCGAACAGCGGUGGAACGUAGGUGGAAUUAUUUCGGCCCAAUCAUCCCCGGCAGCUUUUAAUUUCAACGGCAUCCUAGCGACAAAAGAAACUUUUUCUUCAAAAUCCUUGGCAUUACGAUUUGUGAAUAAUAUAGAAGUUGGCGCAUUAGAAAUUAACAUUUGUAAUCGAAGUAUCAAAAUAGUCAACAGUCAAAUAAUUUUUAAAGAUUUUAGUUCAUUGAUUCAACGUGAUUCUGAAGUUAUACUAUUGACAACCUCUAAGUUUGAUUCGUUAUGGAUAGAAGGCACAAUUGUAUAUGAAUCUCGAAACAAUGAAGUGGAUUUGGGGGAGCAUCCGAUCUGGAUUUCUUCUAGCGGAAGUCAUUCAACUAUAAGUGAUCUCCUGAUAAUGGAAGAUGCGGAACUGUUGGUAUCGUACCUGAAUCGUGCAUCGAACCCAGUACAGGAAAUUAUGCUCCAGGACUCCGGAACGAUUGAUAUUCGACAGCUGAUAUAUGAUGAGCUUGAUCGACGUGUGGCGACCACUCAGUGGACUACAGUGUCGAUUGAACAACUUGGAGAUGGAAGAAUACUUCAAUAUCAACAGAAGUUUGUUGAAAACGACGACUUGAAGGCCGAUGACAGUUUCUUGAAAGUUGGUAUCAUGAAAGGUCUCGUCAAUGAGAAUAAUGAGAUCUUUGGAGGUUAUCCGUACAUGCAAGAAGAAUACUACGACAAUCCAUUGACGAUUCGAAAGAGGGUUGGACAACCUGGAGUGGACUAUUCGUUGAAAGAGGGAACUUUCCAUGAGUAUUUCUUCAACAGCUCGGUGUCCUUCAUCCAACUACACUAUCCUCAAAGGGAAGGCUUCAGCAAGGAACAGGAAAAUAAACCGAAUGGACUGAUGCAAGUGACAGUUUACAAUCAGCGCAACAAAAAGGUGGCCGAAUUUACGCGCCCGCAAACGUUCCAGGACAUUUUGACUACUUACGUGUACGAUGAAAAUGGUGAGCAAGUUCAAAUGCUGCCACCGAACUAUUAUGUUGGUGAAUUUGUCGAGAAAAAUCGGCUAAUUGUUCCGCAGAUGAAGAAAGUAGAGUCGAAGUGGGCCACGACUACGGAUUACGAUCUGGAAAAGAAUAUCACGACUAGUCGAUACACUCCUGAUGGAGGACGUGUCGAUUUUCUCUAUGAUGAGUUCAAUCUAUUAAGAUAUCAAUUGCAUUAUGCCGAAGGCGUAGGAGUUGACAAAAUUAUUUACUUCAAAUAUAAUGUUUUCGGACGUGUUUGUGAAACUGGAGUCCUGAGUGGUGAGCAUUACACGCUAAAUAUGCUGAACAGUAGUCUUCAUGCCGACGAAGAUAUUAUUCAAAGUGGUAAAAACGUUAUAUUUUUCGAUUAUGGCGAAAGUGAAGACGGGCCAGCUUUAAGAGGUCGUACCGAACGUAUUGUUAAAAUAAAUGAUGGGGUAAGAUUUACUGAAGAGAGAAUCUUCGAUGAAGAUUCAAAACUGCUUAGAAAAACCUUUAUAAAUUUGGGAACCAAUCAGCGCGUUAGUUUAGAAUAUGUUCGAGAGAACGACAAAAUCAAAGAAAUCUACUACCCUCAUUCGGUGGACGGGGUUCAGUUGGCGUUAACCUAUGAUUACAAUCUGAAGGGGGAGGUCGUAAAAAUUUUCCGGAUCACAUGGGCGAACGAUAGCAUUAGUUAUUUACCGAUUUUCGGGGUUGAUCACAAUGCUGAAGGAAGUGUUACCCAAAUAAGUCACCUGUAUGGCGACCGUAUAUUCAAUCAAACCUAUCGAUAUGCCGCACCUGGUGUUUUGGUGCAGAUAAAAAACGAUUUCCUAACUGAGACGAUUUUUUACAAUGAUAAAGGCUAUGGAUUCGACUUCACCGGUGAUGGAAAUAUCCUUCGGACAGAAUUUCAGGCCACUUGGCAUGAGAAAUGUAAUAGGAAUUUGAUACCACUAAAUGCUUGGGCUUUUGUGAACGACAUGAUCGACCUGAAUCAAGCAGAGCUUUGUUUUGACGCUUUAAUCCAGCGGGGCUACAUUGACCAGGAGGGUCAUCCUGCCAAGACCUUCUAUUCCGAUUUGGAGCUAAAAAUGCCAUUCAAAUGUCUAACGAGUUGGAUGCACUUUUCAGAGAGGAUGCUUGAGAAAGGGUUUCCUCUACGAUAUGGUCACUCAUAUGCUUACGGAGGUCAUGGUGAGUUGCUGGCAGCAAAAGCGUUCAUUGGAGAUGAGGCAGAUCGAAUAUUAAAACCAUUUGGAGAGAAAUCCUUCGUCCAGGAGGUUUUUGCAGGACACGAUAAUUCAACCUUUUAUCCUCGUCAGCUUUGGGCGUCAUUCUGGGAAAAUUACUUUGAAUACAGAGCCCUUGGCAUUAAAAAGCUUUUUUCAGGUGAAACAUUUAAUCUUAACUCUAUAGAACAACUUAUCGAACGCGUCGCGUUUCACAAUGGACUCGGUGUUGAAGGUAACUCUUCUCUCUGCGGAAUAUGGUAUCAAAAAGAAUCCGACAGAAAAAGUUGCACUUCUGAUUUUAACAGCUAUCUCAAAAAGACAAAGCUUAACGAUCAUAUUGAAAAUCUUCUCAAAGAGCCUACGGGUCUCAAAGCGUCAUUUUUCCGGUACCUGAGUAAUACCUUGCUAAUGGAUCUAGGAAAAUCUCCGGGUGACGUUGAAUCCUUAUCGAUUGACGCAAACGGUAACCACAAACUUUUCUAUACUGGCUUCAAACGAUUCCAGUUGACGUAUAAGGCUUACAGCAAUCAAAUUGAUCAGUUAUUUGAGGGAUCGAGAAAAUUACCUAGGCAAAUGAUUCACGACAGUGAGGGAAAUGUCAUCAAAGCGCUUCAUAAACACAUCGAACGACUAGACUACGAUCCUCUGACUCAACGCGUUUCCCGAAUAGUCAUGACAGACAACCGAACUAUAGAGCUUGGAUACGAUCACCAAGGGGAGAGAAUUUCGAAACGAGUUCGCAACGAGAAGAAUCAGCUCGUUAUCGAGCUUCACUAUAUUCGAGACAACCAAGGCCUUCCGAUGGCUGAGUUCAGAAAAGACUACCCGAAACCGGAUGAUCCCAGAAUCGUCAUUCACACGACAACGGCCUACAUCCACGGACCAUUGGGAUUGGUUGGAUUCUUUCGGAACAACAAAUACUACAACCUUUUGCUGGAUCAUGAGGGUUCAACGCGCUUGGUAGUUCAUAAAGGAAAGGUUGUGGCGGCCUACGAUUACCUUCCAUAUGGUCAGUUAAUCCGCAAAUUUGGCACUGAUACGAAUGCUCACAUAGCUUAUCGAUACACCGGUCAGGAGUACGACGAAGAAACGGACCUCUACAACUACCACGCUCGUAUUUACGAUCCAGAUAUUGGACGCUUUUACCAGAUUGAUCCGGCCGAGCAGUAUCCGAGCGCUUAUAAAUACGCUGGCAAUUCUCCGGUAUCACAGGUGGAUCCGGACGGUCAGUUUGCUUUCUUGAUUUUUUUUCUGGUAUGCGCUAUAGUGGGCGCUUAUCUAGGAGCAGCUACAGCUAACAAUAGUUGGAAUCCGGCCAAAUGGGAUUGGGCCGACAAGAAGACCUGGAUUGGAUUGUUCGUUGGAGGUGUAGUAGGUGGAUUCGCCGCUUUUGGAGGAGUCGGAGCUUUCGGAUACUUUGCAGCACUGACUGGGUCAAUGGUUGGUGGGGCGAUAUGUAUGGGAGUCAUUGGUGCAGUCGGUGCUUAUUUGGGAGCUGCAGCCGCUUCUUUUGACUGGAAUCCAGCAAACUGGGACUGGACAUCGCCAGCUGUUUGGAAUGGAUUAUUUACUGGUGUAUCAAUUGCAGUUAGUUUCCCGACGGGGGCGGCAGGAAUAUCCAAAACCUUCUUUUCACUUGCGUCGGCCAUCACUAAAACUGUGUACGCGAUGUCCCUAUAUGUGGGAUUUGUACUUUUACUCUACGUGGGAGGGGCCUUGGCUAAUGAUGGCAACUUCAACCUGGCAGAGUGGGAUUGGAAAAAUCCCAAUACGUGGUUUGGUAUGUUGGAAACAGCUUCGGCCAUUACUAUGGGUGGAGGAAUAGCUUUCAAAAAACACAGCUUCCUCAAUUAAACACGUUGUUGGACCAGGUCAAUCGAAGAUCACUUAUUAUCGCUUAUCCAUUGUUACCAAAGGAAGCUACGUCAUGAAAAAAGCCAAAAACACGCUAAGCGUAUCCAAGAUGUUUAAAAAUACCUACAACUACGCAAGCCAAAUGAAUUUAGUUGCCAUUGCUAAGUCAACAACUAGUGCAGCCAGACAAACUAAAAAACUAGGGCGUGGUUUGGAUGCUGGAACGGAAAUUACCGAAAAAGUCACAAGAAAAAAGAGAUCAAUAGAUCGAGUUAGCAGCUCUUCUAAUACGGCUUCAUGUUUCCUCCGGAUUCUAUUAGACUACCUUCCAGCAUUUUGGAAAAAUGCGAUUUCUGUCGAGACAGUAAAUUACACUUUUAAAGAAACUUCCUUUCCUUUAGAAAAGUUCCAAGAAACCCCCACAAUUCCGUAUAUAAGAUCAUACUGUUACGCAUCCCCUAACGAACCGAACCGCCUCAUCUGUAACCAGAAGUCCGCCACGGUCAGCGUUUUCACUCAUCAACCGACAUUUAACCAACAUUCAUUUGAAGAGGUCGCCAGUUUUUCCCGCUGUAUUCCUGUCACGUGGUACGAUCGGCCAGCCGUAACAUGUUCCGGGCAAAAGUUCACCUUCUUUUACACGCCUCAUGAAACGCAACUAAGAGUUUUCGAUCUGGUCGAUGGGUGGCUAUUGUUAGCCCGGGUCCUUCCAGCAACCAUUAGAAACAUAAAAGCUGGAGUUGGCCGUUUGAGAAACAUUUUCGUUCCUAGAGAUGUUAAUCCUGUAAAAAACAAGGUGGAGUCCACUCAAAAAAUUUAUCGUAAAUUUGAAGACAUGAAGAAGUUGGUAAAAGAAGGACGUUUGAGCAAAACCCAUUGGAUCCACCCUUUGAUCGAGGAUCUCGAGGAAGACAUUUUCGA